AUGGACAAGCCCCCGCAUACCGGGGGCUCGCCCCCCGUGGUAGCUUGUAACAUUAUAAUAGAAAGAUUUUCUAAACUGGACGAGUCCAGUGUAGAUACAGAUGUGGAUCAACGGAAUGACCGAAAAAGAAUGCGACUAGAUAGUUUUCAGAACAAAGUAGACUGUGUAGAUACUACAACUGUUAAUACCCAACAGCACCCAUCACCACCAUCAGAUGUUUCUCAGUCCAUAAAAAAUCCUAUAGGCCGAACGUUUUAUGAGACCUAUGACAUAGGGCCAUUCGUAGUUCAUGCGCAAAAAGUUUCUUCAGAUACGGACAUCUCCUCCCUACACCCCGUCCAAUUUGGGUAUUUUCUCAAGAAAAAUUCUUUUAAAAACAUAAUUAAUGGUAGCAUCAAAAGGGUAGGCAGAAACCGAAUUUCCCUAUCAUUCUCAGACCACAAAUGUGCAAACGAAUUUAUUAAUAACCCUUGCCUGGCAAGAAAUAAUUACAAAGCUUUUAUUCCCUCAUUUAAUGUGACCCGAAUAGGCCUGGUGCGAGGCGUUCCCGCGGAAUGGUCUCCCGAAGAGAUAUUAGACAACAUCUCUCUGCCUGUAGGCAGCGGAGGAAUUAUAAAAAUUAGACGACUAAAUUAUAAAGUACGUAACAGCAGCCCUCCUGAGUGGAAGCCAUCACAGACUAUUGUAAUAACUUUCGAUGGUCAAACCCUACCUAAACAUGUAUUUGUCUGCUACAAUGCCCUACCCGUGGAACUUUAUGCAUAUCCCACUAUUCAGUGCUAUUCUUGUUGCCGAUUUGGUCAUACUAAGUCUAAUUGUAACUCUCGGCCCCGCUGUUUAACAAGUGUGGCCAAGGCCAUACUGGGGACACAUGCAACAUACAAGAUGAUGCCGCGUCUUGCUGUCUAUGUUCUGAAAUUUGUAUCUUACGCAGAAGCAAAUAAAGUGCAUGAUCAAGUUUCAAAAUCUUUUGCUGAAAUAGUUAAGUUUUCAAACAUCCAGAAUACUCCUAAUUCUCCUGUACCACAUGUAUCGCCUUCCUCUCCCUCGAUUCCGUCGGAUAGUAGAUCUUAUAAGAAAACAAUAUUUGCUAAACCAACAUCCCCCAAACUAAAACAACUGGGGUAUAACAAAACAGAACACUUCAAUUUGAUAAAGGACUACGACGCUCCAGCUCCUUCUAACGGGGUCGCUUUAAUAAACAGUAACGUUAACAAUAGAGACAUAAUCUCUGAUUUAAUCCAACUUUUGACUGAAAUUAAAUCCAAUUCUAACAACAACGUAACUGAACAACGUCGCCAAACGAUUGCUGCCUUAACUAAAUUAAAAUCCGCUUAUACGUCACGAACGCGAACAAAUAAUCCAGUGGAAUUGCAGAUGCGUUAUCUGCAAUAA